AUGCUGGCGAGGACAGCCCUGCAGUUUGUGGUGCCCAGGGGCACUCUGCGCCCUGGAGGAAGGCAUGGCCGGCAGCUCCUGCCCCGGCCGGAGGGGCUCAGCCCCUGCCCGCGAAAUACCGGAGCUGGCAGAGCCAGCCCGGCUCUGGGCUCUCCCGGACUGUGGUGCUUUAGUGAACUGUUUUUUGUGAAAGAGCCUCAGGACGUUACUGUCUCAAGGAAGGAUCCAGUGGUUUUAGACUGCCAGGCCCGUGGUGAAGCUCCUAUAACUAUUACAUGGCUGAAAAAUGGAGGCAAAGUAUCUGAAAAUGAACGGAUCUACACUUUAUCCAAUGGCUCGUUAUAUAUCAGUGAGGUGGAAGGAAAGAAAGGAGAGCUGUCUGAUGAAGGAUUUUACCAGUGCUUAGCUCUGAACAAAUAUGGGGCCAUUCUCAGUCAAAAAAGCCACCUCACACUAGCAACCAUUUCUGCAUUUGAAGUCCAGCCACUUUCAACUGAGGUCCAAGAAGGUGGAGUAGCUCGAUUUGCCUGUAAAAUAACAGCAAACCCUCCUGCCACUGUGACAUGGGAAUUGAAUCGAACAACUUUACCUUUAGUCAUGGACAGGAUAACUGCUCUACCUACAGGAGUUCUUCAGAUCUAUGGUGUUGAACAGAAGGAUGCUGGGAAUUAUCGAUGUGUUGCCACAACAAUAGCCAAUAGACGUAAAAGCACUGAGGCAGUGCUGAGUGUUAUUCCAGGUACUCACCAUCCUUUUCACAAGCCAUCUAUAAUAGCUGGUCCUCAAAACAUUACAGCAUCUCUUCAUCAAACUGUCAUACUGGAGUGUGUAGCCACAGGGAAUCCAAAGCCAAUCAUCUCAUGGAGCCGGUUAGACCAUAAGUCCAUUGACGUCUUCAAUACACGUGUCCUUGGAAAUGGAAACCUCAUGAUCUCUGACGUAAAGGUGCAGCAUGCAGGCGUGUAUGUCUGUCGAGCCACUAUUCCAGGCACACGAAACUUCACGGUAGCAAUGGCAACUCUCACUGUGCUGGCUCCACCUUCAUUCGUGGAAUGGCCGGAAAGUUUAACAAGGCCUAGAGCUGGUACUGCUCGUUUUGCUUGUCAGGCAGAAGGAAAUCCUGUCCCCAAAAUUUCAUGGUUAAAAAAUGGAAGGAGAAUACACUCCAAUGGUAGAAUAAAAAUGUACAACAGUAAAUUGGUGAUUAACCAGAUCAUUCCUGAAGACGAUGCCAUUUAUCAGUGCAUGGCUGAGAAUAGCCAGGGAUCUAUUCUCUCCAGGGCCAGGCUUACUGUAGUUAUGUCAGAAGACAGACCCAGUGCACCUUACAAUGUCCAUGCUGAAACAAUGUCAAGCUCAGCGAUCCUGCUAGCAUGGGAGAGGCCACUGUAUAAUUCAGACAAAGUGAUUGCAUACUCCGUGCAUUACAUGAAAGCAGAAGGUUUAAAUAACGAAGAGUACCAAGUGGUCAUUGGAAAUGAUACAACCCAUUACAUUAUUGAUGACUUGGAACCAGCCAGCAACUACACCUUCUAUAUUGUAGCUUAUAUGCCUCUGGGAGCCAGUCAGAUGUCAGAUCAUGUGACUCAGCACACCCUUGAAGAUGUUCCCUUGAGAGCUCCUGAAAUUAGUUUGACAAGCAGGAGUCCUACGGAUAUUCUCAUCUCUUGGCUGCCAAUUCCUGCAAAAUACAGGAGAGGUCAGGUGGUCCUGUACCGUCUAUCUUUCCGCCUCAGCACAGAGACCAAAAUCCAAGUCUUGGAGCUUCCAGGGACUUCAGAUGAGUAUCUCCUCGAAGGCCUGAGGCCUGACAGUGUCUACUUGGUUCGUAUCACUGCUGCGACAAGGAUUGGCUGGGGAGAGGCAUCUUUGUGGACUUCCCACCGGACUCCCAAAGCUACAAGUGUGAAAGCACCAAAGUCUCCUGAGCUGCGUUUGGAGCCGAUGAACUGCACAACCAUUACAGUACAGUGGCAGCAGGACUCUGAGGACACUGCAACUAUUCAAGGGUACAAGCUGUAUUACAAGGAAGAAGGCCAACAGGAGAAUGGACCAAUUCUGUUGGAUGCCAGUGAUCUUGAGUAUACUGUCAGUGGUUUAGAUCCUAGAAGAAAGUAUCAUGUAAGGCUGCUGGCAUAUAACAGCAUGGAAGAAGGUUAUCAGGCAGACCAAACAGUCAGCACUCCAGGAUGUGUCUCUGUCCGUGAUCGCAUGGUGCCACCGCCACCACCUCCUCACCACCUCUAUGCCAAAGCUAACACUUCAUCUUCUAUCUACCUUCACUGGGGAAAGCCUGCCUUUACAUCUGCGCAAGUCAUUAACUACACAAUCCGCUGCAACCCAGUGGGGCUGCAGAAUGCUUCUCUGGUUCUCUACCUUCAAACGUCAGAGACUCACAUGUUAGUUCAAGGUCUUGAGCCAAAAACCAUGUACGAAUUUGCAGUUCGGCUGCACGUGGACCAGCUCUCCAGUCCCUGGAGUCCAGUAGUCUACCAUACUACCCUUCCAGAAGCACCAUCUGGCCCUCCAGUAGGAGUGAAGGUGACUUUGAUAGAGGAUGAUACUGCUUUGGUUUCCUGGAAGCCACCUGAUGGUCCUGAAACAGUUGUUACACGAUAUACUAUCCUUUAUGCAUCCAGGAAGUCUUGGAUUGCUGGGGAAUGGCAAGUGUUGCACAGAGAAGGAGCAAUGACCAUGGCUUUGCUGGAAAACCUUGUAGCAGGAAAUGUCUACUUGGUCAAAAUAGCAGCCUCCAAUGAAGUGGGAGAAGGACCCUUCUCAAAUGCAGUAGAACUUGCUGUCCUGCCAAAGGAGACAUCAGAGUCUAAUCAGAGACCUAAACGCUUGGAUUCGGGAGACUCCACAACGUAUUCUGACUAUUACCAUCUGGACCAGAAAUCAAUGACUGGCAUUGUUGUCGGGGUUUGCAUAGCCUUGACCUGCAUCCUUAUCUGCAUCCUGAUCUUAAUUUAUCGCAGUAAAGCCAGGAAAACAUCUGCUCCUAAACCUGUGCAGCAAAGCACUGACCAGCUGUCGCAUACCAGCAUCUCAUUAGCCGGUGCUAAUGAGGUGAAGAGUAUUGAAGGAAUUGCAGAGAACGAGGAAUCCUUAUUGCCAAUGAUCGUGGGAAACAGCUUCAUUGAUGCUAAGGGGGGAUCUGAUCUGAUUAUUAACAGCUAUGGGCCUGUCACGAAGGCUAACUGCAAGAAAAGGUGGCUGUUCUUCCAAGAUACUAAGAAGGGGAAGACUGAGGAGCCUCAGAGAAAAUUUGUCCAGGCAGUGUGUCUGUAUCAGCCAGGCACCACUGUGCUGAUCAGUGAGGAUGACUCCCCCAGCUCUCCCGGCCAGCAGUCUAAUUUCCAGAUGCCGUUCAGUAUUGUUGCCGAUACGGAGCAUUCAGCCAACAGCGAAGGAAGCCAUGAAACUGGUGACUCUGGAAGAUUUUCUCAUGAGUCCAACGAUGAGAUACACCUCUCCUCUGUGACAAGUGCCACCCCUCCCACUACCAGUCCUUUUGCAAGCAGUGACUUGGGUACGAACAUGAUGAGCCCUGCUAUAAGUAACUGCACAGUGUCUCCUCUGCCAUUUGCUACUGACCAGACUCCUACCUCACCUCUUCAGAUACACUCUGCGGUGCAAAACUGA